UGCUUUCCACUGAACCGAGGUAGAUCGGGUCGAGCUUCUUGCGCGAUGGUGGGCUUGUAUGCGGGAGGAUGACGAGGUUGGCAUUGAGGAUCCAUACCCUUUGUCCCCAAAGAAAGGUGAGGUGGGCUAGUGUCGCGCCUUUGGACAGGCAGUUAGGGGAGGGAGAAGAAACAGAGUUGCUGGCCUUGUCGGGGACACUUUUGGACGUGCUGGAGGGCAGCGACGCCCUAGUUCUGCGAAGUUAAGUAGCUUCUGCAGGACUGGGUUCAGUAUUUCUAAUACCUUCUCAGGAUCCCUCUUCAGCCAACGAAUUCCUCAACCACGGGCCAAGCAAACUACUCCCCGCCGGCCCCCCCCCCCCCUCCGCCCCCGGCACCCCGCUCCACACUGUCAUGAGCAGUCUCUGUUGAAUGGGAACACUGCACCUUCAGGCUUAACGCCAUGUGGGCUCCUUUGCUGCCCUCCAGUUUGGUUCCACUCUUUUACCAGAAUGCUGGAAUUACAUUCUCCCCGAGUUUCCCUACCUGUUUCACUUGCUUAGAAUGUAUAUCUUCCUCCAUUUUUCUGGGAGAAAGAAAAGAUCAUUAUUCUUUCAGAGCCAAUCCCUACAGCUGUGUUCUUGACCAUGCUGUUUUGUUUUUCAGCUCCUCUAACUGUUACUCAGUCGGAUACAUCCUGCUCAUUUCCAUCAGAAUCAUCUUACUGAAACCUGUUUUGGGAUUGUGUCCCUUUUCUAUUCAAACACUAACAGCCAUCCAUUGACCACCCAAUAGAUUCUAAGUCCUUGUCAGGCCAUCUUCCAUAAUCUGAAGAAUGGAAGAAGAUACAGAUUAUAGAAUCAGGUUUAGUUCUUUGUGUUUCUUUAAUGAUCAUGUUGGAUUUCAUGGCACUAUAAAAAGCUCACCAAGUGACUUUAUUGUUACUGAAAUUGAUGAACAGGGACAGUUAGUUAAUAAGACCAUCAAUGAGCCUAUUUUCAAGAUUAGUGAAAUACAACCUGAGCCAAAUAAUUUUCCAAAAAAAACAAAACUAGAUCUUCAAAAUCUGUCCUUUGAAGAUGGAAGAAACCAAGAAGUUAAUACUUUGGUUAAGUACACUGAUGGUGACCAAAAUCAUCCGUCUGGUUCAGAAAAGGAAGAUACUAUCAGUGAUGGAACUUCCAAAUGUGAAGAAAAAGCUGAUAUUUUAAGCUCCUUUUUAGAUGAAAAAACUCACGAGUUACUGAAUAAUUUUGCCUGUGAUAUAAAAGAGAAGUGGCUUUCUGAAACAGAGCUAAUUGGACUACCUCUUGAAUUCUCAAUAGGCAGAAUCCUUGACAAAAACCAGAGGGCUAGUUUACAUAGUGCCAUUAGGCAGAAAUUUCCAUUUUUAAUAACUGUAGGAAAAAACAGUGAAAUUGUUGUAAAACCAAAUCUUGAGUAUAAAGAACUUUGUCAUUUGGUAUCUGAAGAGGAAGCAUUUGACUUUUUUAAAUAUUUGGAUGCGAAGAAAGAAAAUUCCAAAUUUACCUUUAAACCUGAUACAAACAAAGACCACAGAAAAGCUGUCCACCAUUUUGUCAACAAAAAGUUUGGAAACCUUGUGGAAACCAAAUCUUUUUCUGAAAUGAAUUGCAGUACUGGUAAUCCGAAUGUGGUGAUAACAGUAAGAUUUCGGGAAAAAGCAUACAAGCGUGGGAAAAGGCCUCUUCCUGAAUGCCAAGAAGGAAAUGUUAUAUAUACAGCUUUUACCCUACGAAAGGAAAACCUGGAAAUGUUUGAAGCAAUCGGUUUUUUAGCUAUCAAACUUGGUGUUAUUCCUUCGGAUUUUAGUUAUGCAGGCCUUAAAGACAAGAAAGCCAUCACCUAUCAAGCAAUGGUUGUUAGAAAAGUGACUCCAGAGAGGUUGAAAAAUAUUGAAAAAGAAAUUGAAAAGAAAAGAAUGAAUGUCUUUAAUAUUCGGUCUGUAGAUGAUUCCCUGAGACUUGGUCAGCUCAAAGGAAAUCACUUUGAUAUUGUUAUUAGAAAUUUAAAAAAACAAACAAAUGAUUCUGCAAACCUGAGAGAGAGAAUUAUGGAAGCAAUAGAGAAUGUUAAGAAAAAAGGCUUUGUGAAUUACUAUGGACCACAGAGAUUUGGAAAGGGAAGGAAAGUUCACACAGACCAAAUUGGACUAGCUUUGCUGAAGAAUGAAAUGACGAAAGCCAUAAAAUUGUUUCUUACACCAGAAGACUUGGAUGAUCCUGUAAAUAGAGCAAAGAAGUAUUUUCUUCAAACUGAGGAUGCUAAAGGGACGCUUUCCUUGAUGCCUGAAUUCAAAGUGCGGGAGAGAGCAUUGUUGGAGGCAUUGCAUCGCUUUGGCAUGACCGAGGAAGGUUGUAUCCAGGCAUGGUUCUCUUUACCCCAUUCCAUGCGCAUAUUCUAUGUUCACGCAUAUACCAGCAAAAUUUGGAAUGAGGCAGUAUCUUACAGACUUGCAACCUAUGGAGCAAGAGUAGUGGAGGGUGAUUUGGUCUGUUUGGAUGAAGAUAUUGAUGAUGAGAAUUUCCCAAAUAGUAAAGUUCACCUGGUAACUGAAGAGGAGGGAUCAGCUAAUAUGUAUGCAAUACAUCAGGUGGUUCUUCCAAUACUUGGAUACAAUAUUCAGUAUCCAAAGAACAAGGUAGGGCAGUGGUACCAUGACAUACUUAGCAGAGAUGGACUACAGACAUGUAGGUUUAAAGUACCUGCUCUGAAACUGAAUGUACCAGGAUGCUAUAGACAGAUUUUGAAACAUCCCCGUAAUCUCUCAUACCAACUAAUGGAAGAUGAUGACAUUGAUGUCAAAAUGAAAGGUUCCCACAUUGAUGAAACAGCUUUGUCUCUUUUGAUCUCUUUUGAUCUUGAUGCUUCAUGCUAUGCUACUGUUUGUCUGAAGGAAAUAAUGAAGCAUGACGUUUUAAACUGAUACGCUUGGUAUAACCGUAUAUGUGUCACUCUGAAGGAAAGGGAGCUAAAAUGUCUUAAGCACCUCCCAUGUGUUAGGAGCUUCAUAAUUGUUUUCUCUUUUAAUUUUCACAGCAUCCUGAGAAGUUAGGAUUUGAUACUAUAAUUUUAUAGAGGACAUGUAAGUGUCAGGGUCUAAAUUUAAGGUCCAUGUGACCCCAAAGCCGGUGUUUUUUUCUAUUAUAUGUUUCAGUGACCUUUAUUCUGUGUAAUAAAGUUACAAUCUUUUGAAACCAUUAGGAAUAUAUAUAAUACUACAAGAUAACAUUUAAGAAAAAAAGCUGUGAAUGUUCAUAUCCUCCAGCUCCUUGCUUAGAACCUUGGUGAAAUUAGCUUGCAGUAAAGCAAAUGUUGGAGAGAAACAUAGAUGAAGCAUUUUGCUAAUUAUUAUUGUCCUCCUUUCCUAUUUUUGAAAUUAUUGAUCAGAACAAUAUACAAGGGAAAUAUCAUCCCUCUGUAUGUGAUAGGUACCCCAGAGUAGUUAUUACCUCUUUGUGAGACAAAUAAUCUUUGAUGAAGACUGAAAUAAAAUUUCUCAUCCAAUUUUUAUAUAUUGGUAUAUGCUGAUCCUCUUGACCAUUUGUAAUUUUUUUUCGUAUUAUCUAAAACAGGUGUUAGAAUCAGGCAGAUUUAUGCUUAGAUUCUAGCUCUGACACUUACUGGUGACUUUGAGUAUGUUGUUGAUUUUUUUGUGUGUAGGUUACUGAUAGAAUCAAGACAAUGCCAGCUUCAUAAGUGACAAAUAAUAGGAUUAUUUCCACAUGUUCUGUUGCUGGAGGAAUAAAACAUUGUGCCCAUUUGAAAAUUUUAAUUUUUGUUGAUUUAGCUAUCCCACAUUAUAAAUCAUCCUUAACCAUUUUAUAUCAGUUAAAUACAGGGGUGGGGUGGGGGAGGAAUGACUGGCAUGUAGACAUGUAUUGGUUUAGGAAUAUCUGAGCAUUUCUUUCAUUGUUGGUAAGAUAUCAUGAUGAAAUUAAAACAGCAGUAUGGAGCAUUAUAUAUCAGUAAUGUGAUACUUUAUAUGCUUAAGCCAGUUUAACCAUUUUGGGAAAUAUUAGCAUAAGGAAAUAAAAUCCAAAAGAAGGAAGAGAAGCUAUAUGCAAUGCAAAAUUCGCUUAUUGCAAUAUUUUUAUAUACAAUUAAAGACGCUAAAAACAGUUUUCAAAGUCCAUCAUUACAUAGCUAAAGUGAGUAAAAUGAUAUGUAUCAACUUGAUGGUACAAUUUAGUUUCAUGAGAAAAUGUUGUCCCCUAAAAGUAGAACAUAUAUAUUGCAACUGCAAUAAUGUUCUGAAUUCAUCUUUCACAAAUAAGAGGCAUGUUAGCGUAGUGAUUAAAAACACAGAUAUUGGAGGCAAACUUACCCAGUUUGAACCCUGGCACUGCCAUGUAUAGCACUGCAGCCUUGGGAAAGUUAUUUAAACUCAUGUGCUUCAGUUUCAACAUCUGUAAAAUGGGCAUGUUAACAUUGCCUACCUCAUAGGCUUACUGUGAGAAUUUUCUAAGUUAAUAUAAGUGAAGCAGCUUUAAAAAGUGCCUGGCAUUUAGUUAUUGUUAAAUAAGUGUCUGCAGAUGCAAGUUUGGAAGAGAAAAAUAAAUAAAUGAAAAUGCUUUCCUGUUAAGAUGAUGGGGUAUUUGGAUUUUUUUUAUACUAAAAAGUUUUUUUUGUUAUAUGUUUUGGCAAUAAAUAAUUCUCAACACACAAAAA